UACACAGCAUGGUUUGCCCGUGCUGGUGCCCCGCGGGCUGUCACUUCUGACCUGCCGACGCUCAGAACGUUCCCUAAAGCAUCAGAGUAAUACUGUUACUGUGAUCGGUAAUGACGAAGCCGUGCUGUUCUCAGAUGCUGAGAUGAAUCGACACCUGUGUGUUUGGCUUUUUAGACGUCCAUCUCUUAAUGGUUACCUCCACUGUCACAUCCAGCUCCAUUCUCAUCAAUUUGGACAGAUACAUUUUGAUACAAGGAUGCAGGUUUCUAGACAAAACAGGAAUUGCAUUCUUCAUCAUCUGCUAAGUAAGAAUUGGUCCAGGAGAUAUUGUCAUCAAGACACCAGGAUGCUCUGGAAGCAUAAAGCACUACAGAAAUAUAUGGAGAACCUGAAUAAGGAGUACCAAACACUUGAGCAAUGUCUGCAGCAUUUCUCCGUGAAUGAAGAGAACCGAAGGUCCUUGAACAGAAGGCGUGCUGAGUUGGCACCUCUUGCAGCCAUUUACCAAGAAAUUCAGGAGGCUAAACAAGCAAUUGAAGAAUUAGAAUCAAUGUGUAAAAGCCUAAGUAAACAAGAUGAAAAGCAGUUACAAGAACUUGCACUGGAAGAAAGGCAAACCAUUGCUCAAAAAAUCAACAUGUUAUACAGUGAGCUUUUCCAGAGCCUUGUGCCAAAGGAGAAAUACGACAAAAAUGAUGUUAUUUUAGAGGUGACAUCUGGAAGAACUACUGGAGGUGACAUCUGCCAACAAUUUACCCGAGAAAUAUUUGACAUGUACCAGAAUUAUUCGUGCUAUAAGCACUGGCAAUUUGAACUUCUGAAUUAUACACCAGCAGAUUAUGGUAGGCAUAUUGAGGAUUUUGUCCAUAGGAAAUACGUAGAUGUGAAAUUGGACCCCAAGGAUUUGCGAAUAGAUACAUUUCGAGCCAGAGGAGCAGGAGGGCAACAUGUUAAUACAACUGAUAGUGCCGUCAGACUUGUCCAUAUCCCCACAGGACUAGUAGUAGAAUGCCAACAAGAAAGAUCACAGAUAAGAAAUAAAGAAAUAGCUUUGAGUGUGCUGAGAGCUAGACUCUACCAGCAGAUCAUCGAGAAAAACAAGUGUCAACAACACAGCACUAGAAAACUGCAGGUGGGAACAAGAGCCCAGUCAGAGCGAAUUCGGACAUAUAAUUUCACCCAGGAUAGAGUCACUGACCACAGGAUAGCAUAUGAAGUUCGUGAUAUUAAGGAAUUUGUAUGUGGUGGGAAGAGCCUGGAUCAGCUAAUUCAGAGACUGCUUCAAUCAGCAGAUGAAGAAGCCAUUGUUGAACUUUUGGAUGAAAACCUUAAAUCAGCAAAAUAAAUACUGACAUAUUAUUUAUGAUUAUAUAAAUGAAAUAGACCUAUAUCAAGAAACAGACUGAAGCAUAGAAAUCUUUAUGAAUAUUUAUAAAUUACAGGUAUAAGAAUACAUUAUGCAUAAAUAUAUAUUUUUUAAUGAAUCAAAGUCACAUUUCCUCACCUAACGAUUUAUUUUAGGUUUCUUGUAAAGUACAAUCCAACUCAUCAAGUAGAAAACAAGCAUGCAUCAUUGAAAAGAGAUAUAAAGUAUUGAGAAUUGAUUGUGCGAUUUAGGA